AUGAACCGAAAAUUCCUGUACAUGACGGCCAUGAACGUCAAAAGGAGUUCAUACACUCUGCACCGCAUCAAGGCGUCACAAUUGUUUUACCCCAAUGGUGCACCUGACUCCGCGCUUGCGGCGGUGGAGGACCGUUCUGUGCCGCCACCAACAAUGUCUUUCCACUCUCCUCGGUCCGAGCAUAGACGGGAGAUAAUGGAGUUCAUGCUCUUCGGCAGCAGCAGGAACAAGAUCGUCUGUGCAGACGAGAGAGGUCGAGCCGUCUUAUAUGAUGACGGCCUGCAAGCUGUCCGCAUGUUGCCAAGCCUCAAAAAGGCCAAGUGGCAAUCAGUGCCCCUCGCCGUUGGUGACAACCUGUUGGUCAUGGAGGCGAUCCCUAAGAACGAUCAAGAGAAGUUACAUCAAUCUUUCGAGGCGCUGAUGUAUGGCGAAAGGCCUAAAAUGUUCAAGGGGGUGGACUUUUUCUGGCACUCCAUCCCCCCGCCGCCUUAUGUCUAUGCCCCUGGCUAUGGUGACGACCGUUCUGGUGUGAUCACCGCGUGCACUGUGGUCAAUAGCUCAAGCAUCUUGAUAUCCAUAGAGAGCCUCGGCACCUACUGCUUGGACACGGUGAGCGGCAAGUGGGGCAAGACUGGUGCCUGGCCGCUGCCGUUUAAAGGCCUUGCAGAAUAUGUUCCGGAGUACGAUCUCUGGUUCGGUGUCUCGGCAAAGGGGGGUGGCGUCCUCUGCGCAUCAGACCUGGGUGCUGCCUCGGCAAAGCAGACGCCGCCGCCGGUAUUCCAAGAGUGGGAGGGAUUCGCUGCCCCUGAGGGUACCGAGCUAGGAUCGCACCUCCUGCACCUAGGUGCUGGUCGUUUCUGUGUCGCCAAGUUGAUCAUGACAACAAGGCCGCAAGAGACGUGCUGUCAGAUGUGCUGUUUCCAUGACACUACUGCCAUUGUCGACAAGUUAGUGAUGUUUACCGGCGUGGAGAUUCAUCGCUGUGGCAGAGGGCUUAAGGUGAUCAAGCACAAAUCGUUUCGUUAUAGUAUGGGGCCAUGCAGCAUGGCCAAGAUACUUUAUUAG